CUUCAUCUUAAGGUUAAAAUGGGAGACAAUCAUACCAACGACGACAAGAACAUUGUGAUGUGGAAGAUGAAGAAGCUGGUCAAAUCCCUUGAAGCUGCUAAGGGAAACGGAACUAGCAUGAUCUCACUCAUCAUACCUCCGCGUGGUCAGGUCUCUCGCGUUAGCAAGAUGUUGAGUGAUGAGUACGGAACCGCAUCAAACAUCAAGAGCAGAGUCAAUCGCCAAUCUGUUUUGAGCGCCAUAACUUCUGCACAACAAAGGCUGAAGCUUCACAACAAGGUCCCUCCCAAUGGCCUCGUGCUCUAUACCGGAACCAUUGUCAACGAGGAAGGCAAGGAGAAGAAGGUUUCUUAUGACUUUGAGCCAUUCAAACCUAUCAACAAUACUCUCUACCUCUGUGACAACAAGUUUCACACUGAAGCUCUUAGUGAGUUGCUGGAAUGUGAUGAGAAGUAUGGUUUCAUUGUAAUGGAUGGAAACGGCACUCUCUUUGGAACUCUUAGCGGUAACACACGUGAGGUUCUUUACAAGUUCUCUGUUGAACUUCCGAAUAAACACGGAAGAGGAGGACAGUCUGCUCUUCGUUUUGAUCGUCUUCGUACUGAGAAGCGUCGCAAUUACUUGAGGAAAACUGCUGAGCUCGCCACAAGGCUAUACAUCUGUCCUUCGACAAGUCAGCCUAAUGUGUCCGGGAUGAUAAUUUCCGGUUUAGGGGAUCUCAAGACUGAAUUGAGUCACUCAGAUAUGCUUGACCCCCGGCUUACGGCAAAGAUAUUGAAUGUGGUGGGUGUAUCACAUGGAAGAGAACGUGGUUUCAAUGAGGCUAUUGAGCUGUCAUCAGAAGUCUUGGCGAAUGUGAAGUUCAUUCAAGAGAAGCGUUUGAUAGGGAAGUUCUUUAAGGAGGUAGACCAGGACACGGGGAAGUAUGUGGUUGGCUUGGAUGAUACGUUGAACGCUUUGGAUUCGGGUGCUGUCGAGACACUUAUUGUAUGGGAGAGUCUUGAUAUCAACAGAUAUGUGAUGAGGAACAGUGAAACCGGUGAAAAUGUGAUAAGAUUCUUGAACAAGGAACAAGAAGGCAAGACAGAGAAUUUCAAAGUAGGCAACACCAAACUGGACGUGGAUGAGAAGAUGUCGUUACUGGAAUGGUUGGCUAAUGAAUACACGAGUUUUGGUUGUGCGUUAGAGUUUGUGACAAACCAAUCAGAGGAAGGGUCUAAGUUUUGUAAAGGGUAUGGAGGGAUUGGAGCGAUACUUCGUUACCAGCUUGACCUGAGUGCCUUUGAUCCUGAGGAUGGAGAGGUUAUUGAUCACAAUGAUGAUGUUUAUGAUUAGCCAUUAAUCAAAUCCUCACCCUUUCCGGUUCAGGAUGAUGAGCCACUUCCAACACCACCAGCUCCAAGCCUGAACCAGCCUGCGCGGGCUCUCGGGGUUACCACGCAGAAGAUAGUUCGAAAGUCAUCAAAGAAGCAUCUAUUUACAAAGGUGAAGAAUGAAGAAAGAGGUGGAAACUAAACUGGUCUCGGCUACAACUCACCUUUGGUAGCUAGCGCUUUGUCGUUCUACAACAUCUAUGGAGUUUUUUUUAUCUAUCCUUUUUGGGUUUUUUCUUUAAUUUCUAAAAAAUGUUACUUUUGAGUCAGCAGAAUCAGAGAAGAAACCCGAUCGUAAUUUGGGUUUGUAUUUCUCUCCAUUGCAUAUGGAUAUUGUUUUGUGUUGGUUGGUGUUUAAGUCGAACGACCAAUAGCUUUUCCCUUUGCGUCGUUGUUUUGUUUUGUUU